UGUAUUCUGUAUUUAAAUGAUCGACACCGGUGCCUGAUGAUUACCAGAACAUCGAGAGCUAUAUGGUUUUCGAUACCGAUGAUUUGGUUCCUGACAAGUAUCGCCGCAACGGUGUCACAUCGAGUUUGACGUUGGAAUGUUUUCAGUAAACAUUUUCAGCUGAGGGAGACGAACAUACGGCAGAUAUCGUCGAUCCUUGAUUUUCCCAAUCAAUACAAUAAUUAUCGUAACAUUCUUUAAUCUUUACCCUGAAUCGUAAAGAUUCUCGAUGUUUUGUUUUAACGUCCGUAAACGUUAUCACGUUUGACUGCGGGUCACUUUUACACACGACUGCAAAAACAGAAUAUAUAUAUAAGGGAGCGUUGAAGGAAGUUUACGUCACUUGGAAAAUGUCAUCGGUUAAAAAGAGAUGGCAUGGAAAUACAGUACGUGCGCCCUGUUUAGAAGUGUUACGGUACCGGUGCUUACGCUGGACAAAAAGGAGGAAGUCGAGUCGAAACGCGUUUAAUGUUUCCAGAAGUCCCAGGCUGACCUGGAGUACAUGGAGAAGCGUCUGAGGCUGGACUUCAUCAACACUACAGCAGAGAAUGGAUGUGCUGCAGAGGAGAACCCAGCCGUGGUGAUGGAGAGGCUCAGGGCCCUGAAGGCCAAACACGCAGCUCUGUGCUCCCAGGUGAAGGAGAUAGCAGCCGUACAGAAGGAGUCCAUGGACUCCAUCAGGAGCAACAUGGAAGGGGCCAUGAAGCUGGUCCAACGGUUCCAGCAGACGGCUGACGUGGAGGUUGAACCACUGACAGAACCAGAGAGAGCGGCAGCAGAACUGUUCCUGGCCUCAGCUCCGUGUCAGACCACAGCACAGGCGCCCCCUGCUGUAGCAGCUCCUGAACACCAGCAGUCUCCCAGCAGUGACUAUGAUGAAGUGAGUGAAGCCAUGUUGAAGACCGUUCCUUCCAUCAUGCGCUCCAACAUCCAGCUGGCCGACCUCAACGUCUUCUACAGGCAGCUUCAGCAGCACUUCAGCACCAACAGCGGAGCGCUCAGUGUGCAGAAGAUGAAGAGUUUGAAGAUGAAGGUCAGUGAUUCCAAGCUGCGCCUCCUGCAGCAUCUGUCUUUAGUGGAGCAGGACAGAAAAGGUCAAGUUCGUCUGGUGAAGGGAGGCGGAGCCUGAGGAUGAGAUGGCUGUUGUAAAAAGACAUGCGUUCACAGAUCCAUCAGGGUUGUCAGAGCGGAGCUCACAGAGGAAACACAGGUCCACAUCAGAUUCUUCUCCACCGCUGUGUGAUUGUUCCAUUUAGAGGAAGUGUGACUUCUUUCUUCAUCCUCAUGGCUGCCAGCAGGGACAAAGGGAAAGAAAAGUUCCAUGUCUUCAACAAAGGGUCAGAGACGCUGAACUAUUUGAACUUUGUACAACUGGACUUCAUCAGUGACCAGAGGGCGACCCCGACCCUGACCUUGAACCCCGUGGGCUGUGGUGAAGAUAAUUCUGUAUAUAUUUAAAGUCAUACUAACUGUAAAUAAAGACUCAAACUGCAAA